AUGUCCAAGACCUUCAGUCAGAGCGACGUCGCGUCGCACAACAAGCCAGACUCAUUGUGGAUCGUGGUCGACGGCGACGUCUAUGAUCUCACCAAAUUUCAAGAGGACCAUCCGGGCGGCAAGAAGAUCCUCCAGAGAGUCGCCGGCAAGGAUGCGUCUAAGCAGUUCUGGAAAUAUCACAACGAGGGCAUCCUCAAGAAGUACCAGAAGCAACUUCAGAUUGGCUCGCUAGACACCAAGCCAAAGCCGGCUGCCCCUCCGGCUCCCGCGCCAGCCCCCAAAAAGGAGGCGCCUAAGCCGAAGCCUGCUGCUGCUUCUGCGGCUGCUCCCGCCGAGCAGGCCGAGGCUCUUGAGCCCUUUGGCCAACAAAUUCCUUUCUCGGACCCGAGUUGGUAUCAAGGUUACCACUCGCCCUACUUCAACGAGACACAUGCCGCUCUCCGAGCCGAGGUCCGCGAGUGGAUCGAGACGGAGAUCGAGCCCCACGUCACCGAGUGGGACGAGAAGAAGAUGGUGCCUCCCGAGGUCUACAAGGAGAUGGGCCGCCGCGGUUAUCUGGCCGGCCUGCUUGGCACACACUACCAGAAGGACUACGUCCAGAACCCCAUUAAGUCGGUGCCGGCCGACAAAUGGGAUCUCUUCCACGAACUGCUGCUCACGGACGAGCUCAGCCGCGUCGGCUCGGGCGGUUUUGUCUGGAACGUCAUCGGAGGCUUCGGGAUUGGAUGCCCGCCCCUGGUCAAGUUCGGCAAGAAGUCGCUGGUCGACCGCAUCCUGCCCGGCAUCCUCAACGGAGACAAGCGCAUCUGCCUGGCCAUCACGGAGCCGGACGCCGGCAGCGACGUGGCCAACCUGACGUGCGAGGCCAAGCUCAGUGAGGACGGCAAGCACUACAUUGUCAACGGCGAGAAAAAGUGGAUCACCAACGGCAUUUGGUGCGACUAUUUCACCACGGCGGUGCGCACCGGGGGGCCGGGCAUGAACGGCGUAUCGCUGCUGCUGAUCGAGCGCGACUUUGGCGGCGUGUCGACGCGCCGCAUGGACUGCCAGGGCGUGUGGUCGAGCGGCACGACCUACAUCACGUUCGAGGAUGUCAAGGUGCCCGUCGAGAACCUGAUCGGCAAGGAGAACCAGGGGUUCCGCGUCAUCAUGACAAACUUUAACCACGAGCGCAUCGGCAUCAUCAUCCAGUGCCUGCGCUUUUCGCGCGUGUGCUUCGAGGAGUCGGUCAAGUACGCCAACAAGCGCAGGACAUUUGGCAAGAAGCUCAUUGACCACCCCGUCAUCCGCCUCAAGCUGGCCCACAUGGCCCGCCAGAUCGAGGCCAGCUACAACUGGCUCGAGAACCUCAUCUACCAGUGCGAGAAAAUGGGCGAGACCGAGGCCAUGCUGCGCCUGGGCGGCCCCAUCGCCUCGCUCAAGGCCCAGGCUACCGUGACCUUUGAGUUUUGCGCCCGUGAAGCCUCGCAAAUUUUUGGCGGCCUGUCGUACUCGCGCGGUGGCCAGGGUGGCAAGGUCGAGCGCCUGUACCGCGACGUCCGCGCCUAUGCCAUCCCCGGCGGCAGCGAGGAGAUCAUGCUGGACCUGAGCAUACGCCAGAGCAUGAGGGUCCAUAAGAUGCUGGGGAUGAAGCUGUAA